AUGGGCACAGGCAAUGAGAGGGACCCCGGAUCCAGCAUGCUCCCCCACACAUGUUUCGGCAGAACCCAAGGCCCCGGUAGCAGCUCCGCUCCCGUCCGAGCCGCGAAGCCAGUCCGGUCCAGUCGGAACGGGAUGUGUGUGCACACCACCCAUGUCACCCAGGACUUCAGUGUGCACCAGCCCCAGGACAGGCUGUCGGUGGCAGUGGGGGAGACCCUCACCCUGAACUGCACUGCGUCUGCAACGGCUGAUCCCGGUGGUGUGAGGUGGCUGAAGGGAUGGGGCAGUGGGAACAAGACCAUCUAUGACCAGAGAGAGAAGGAUCGCUAUCCCAGAGUGAUGAGAGCAGUGGAUGGGUCCGACUCAGACUUCACCAUCCACAUCAGGAACGUUCAGCCUGAGGACACGGGUACCUACUACUGUGUGAAGUUUCUCAAGAACGACAGUGGUGAGGAUGACUUCUUUCAGCGUGGCAGUGGCACUGCGGUGUCCGUGUAUGAGACAUCCCUGGUUCCUGGAAUGGUGGUUGCAGCGGUAGUGCUCUUCUUUCUCCUCCUCCUUGGCCUCUUUGUUGCUCUUUGCAUCUACAGGAGGAAGCACCAAGGUGAGGUGGGCAGUCCGUGCCCGGCCAGGACAGUGGCCAUGGGCAGCUUCUCCUCUGUCCCUCUGCAGUGCUGUGCAGGGACCCCUGGCACCACCAGUGAAGUCCUGGAUGCAGAGAGCUCCCACCUGCCCAGACAGCAGAGCAGCAAGGAAGAGAACAACAUCCACUAUGCUGACCUGCAGCCCCUGCCCCCGGCCCCACUGCGCAGCAGGAACCCGGGCACAGCCCCCACUGAGUAUGCCAGCCUCAGGGUGGCUGCCAAGUGAUGCGUGGCACCACUGCCUGCACAGCCAGGCCCUGUCAG